CCCGCUCCUCCUCUCCAUUGACGGCGCCGCCCACCGCUGCCGGCUCCUUCCUCUCCCACCGCCGGCCUCCCCACCGCCACCGCCUCCUUCCUCUCCCACCGCUGCCGACUCCUUCCUCUCCCACCGCCGGCCUCCCCACCGCCACCGGCUCCUUCCUCUCCCACCGCUGCCGACUCCUUCCUCUCCCACUGCCGCCGACUCCUUCCUCUCUCUCUCUCGAGAUAAGUGAGAUGGCUGGCUUGGAAGGUUUCGAGUUCUUCGAGAUCGUAAUUGAGAAAUCUUGCAGUAGGCAGAGGCUGCCUGACAAGUUUGCGAAGAUGCUCGUCGGCCGUGAGCCCCACAAAGUGAAGCUGCUGGAGGCCGGCAGCGGGCUUCAUAGGCUGUGGGACGUGUUGGUGGUGUUCGAUGGUGAAGGCCACAUGUACCUAGGGCCCGGCUGGGAGCAUUUCGCCCGCGCCCAUGAGCUACAGCUCGGGUACUUCCUUGUCUUCCGCUACGACGGCGACGCCACGUUCACCGUGAAGAUGUUCGACAACACCAUGUGCCGCAUGUACUACCAGCAGGACGACGAUGCCACAGCGGGGAUGACGAGGAGCAAAGAGGGGAUGACGAGGACCAGAGUGGGCAAGAAGAGGAGCAGAGCGGGGAUGACGACCUUGCUAUGGUGGUGGCUAACGACGACCUUGCUAUGGUGGUGGCUGACGACGACCCUGCUAUGGUGGUGGCUGACGACGACCUCGCGAUUGUUAUGCCUGACGCUGACCUAGCGAUGGUGGUGCCUAGCGAUGACCUCGCGAUGGUAGUGGCGCCGGCGAUUCCACAGCUGGGCGACAGGACCAUGCCCAUUGUGGUAGAGGAGUACAUCCGCGUUGGGAUUCGCCACUCUGAGCGCAUCAGGUUGAUGAAGGAGAAGAAGGAGGAGUGAAGAUGUUAAGAAAAUGAAGUGGGAAUGUUAAGCAUGUUAGGUUUAAGCUUGUUAGUGUAAUCUGAACAUGUCAAUGUUAAGUAUGUAAGGUUUAAUUUUGUGCAUGCUCAUGGAUGCUGUAUGGCAGUGUCGUCCAAACAUGUCAAUUUCUUAUCAAUGAAUAUUUAAUUUGGUAA